CCUCUGCAGCUGGUCCCUCCGGCUUCCAGGGACUUGGAUCGCCUUACCCUUCCAGCUCCUGGAAGAGUGGUCCGGGGUGCCGAUCGGCGGCUUUCUAUGAGGAGUUUAACCCGCCCCGCCUGCCGCCCGGAUGGGACCGCGGGAGUGAGCUAAAGUCUCCAGUGAAUAUUGAGUUGCUGAGGAAUCUGGGAAAAGACGAGCUGAAGUUCCCAUUCCAUGGAUCCCUUGGGUGCACCUUCCCAGUUUGUGGAUGUGGAUACACUGCCAAGCUGGGGUGACUCUUGUGAAGAUGAAUUAAAUGCUUCUGAUACUGCAACCGAAACAGACACCAUUAGAUCACCUUUUCUUUUUAACAAGACUAUCAAUGGAAAAGUGAUUCUUUGGAAAGGAGAUGUGGCAUUGCUGAACUGUACAGCCAUUGUGAAUACCAGCAAUGAAAACCUCACCGAUAAGAAUCCUGUGUCAGAAAGUAUCUUCAUGCUGGCAGGGCCUGAUUUGAAGGAGGAGCUCCAGAAACUUAAAGGGUGCCGGACAGGUGAAGCCAAAUUGACAAAAGGAUUUCAUCUAGCGGCCCGGUUCAUCAUUCACACGGUGGGACCCAAGUACAAGAGCCGCUACCGCACAGCAGCUGAGAGCUCCCUGUACAGCUGCUACCGGAACGUCCUUCAGCUGGCCAAAGAGCAGUCAAUGUCUUCUGUUGGAUUCUGUGUCAUCAAUUCUGCAAAACGAGGUUAUCCUUUAGAGGAUGCCACACACAUAGCCCUUCGCACUGUAAGGAGAUUUCUAGAGAUUCAUGGGGAGACCAUUGAAAAAGUAGUAUUUGCUGUCUCUGAACUUGAAGAGGCUACUUACCAAAAGCUGCUCCCUCUGUACUUCCCAAGGUCAUUAAAGGAGGAGGGUCGGUCAUUGCCGUACCUGCCUGCAGAUAUUGGAAAUGCAGAAGGGGAGCCUGUGGUACCUGAAAGGCAGAUUCGAAUAAGUGAGAAACCUGGUGCCCCGGAAGAUGACCAAGAAGAGGAGGAAGAAGGCUUGGGAGCUGACCUCUCUUUCAUUGGCUCUCAUGCUUUUGCCCGAAUGGAAGGAGAUAUUGAUAAGCAGAGAAGACUGAUCCUUCAGGGACAGUUAUCAGAGGCAGCCCUACAGAAGCAGCAUCAGAGAAAUUAUAAUCGCUGGUUAUGUCAAGCAAGAUCUGAGGACCUAUCGGAUAUUGCUUCUCUAAAAGCCUUAUACCAAACAGGUGUUGAUAACUGCGGUCGCACAGUGAUGGUGGUGGUUGGAAGAAACAUUCCAGUGACACUAAUAGAUAUGGACAAGGCUCUUUUAUACUUUAUCCAUGUAAUGGACCACAUCGCUGUGAAGGAAUACGUAUUAGUGUAUUUUCACACACUGACAAGCGAAUACAAUCACCUGGACUCUGACUUCCUGAAGAAACUCUAUGAUGUCGUGGAUGUCAAGUAUAAGAGGAAUUUGAAGGCUGUUUAUUUUGUUCAUCCAACAUUUCGUUCAAAGGUAUCAACAUGGUUUUUUACCACCUUUUCUGUCUCAGGACUGAAGGACAAAGUCCACCAUGUGGACAGCCUCCACCAGCUGUUUUCUGCCAUCUCGCCAGAACAGAUCGACUUUCCUCCUUUUGUCCUUGAAUAUGACGCCAGGGAAAAUGGACCUUACUAUACAUCGUAUCCCCCAUCACCAGACUUGUGACCUGCCAUCUCCCAGCCCUGGUUUCAAGGACCCCACCCUCUCCACGGAUCACUCCCUGCGGAAGUGAUACUCAUUUUUGCGUACAGAUCCAGAGAGCCUUUUGUGCCCGCCUCUCUGGUAUUUUUUUAUUGACUGUAUAUUUUCUGGCACAUAAGCAGUCUGAAAAUGGUAGGCCAUUCUGAAUUGUACACUUAUUUUAACUUUGUAUAUUUGUAUCAAAUGAAAAUGUUCAUUUGUAGAGGGUUGUUCAUAGAAAUUGGGGAGCAACUUUUGAGUAUCUUCAGUUUCCUGAAAGGACCCUGGAUUCUCCAUUCGACAAGCCACCCAUGUCACUCAUAUCCUCUCUUUAACAUUGCACGCUUCCUUUGUGUACUUGAGCCUGUCUCGAAAUAUAUAGAACCAGUAUAUGC